AUGGACAUGGAUUCAAAGCUGUUGGUGGAUAGUACUGAAAGUGAAGAAGAGGAAAUUGUCCAUAAAGCUUUUGAUAGAACUUUUCAAGAUCCAAGUGACCUUUCAAAAAGGUUUAUGAACUUUAUUGAGAAUUGUUUGUGUGAAUAUGAAAUGUCAAAAGAAUAUUAUCCACCAUACACAACCUUAGUUCAAUCCCAGUGGCACAGGAAAAUCAAAAUUAUUGAAGAAUUUUGCAGAAAACCAAAUGACAUCACCUAUCUUGCAUACAUAUGUGCAUGUUUUCAAAAAUUGAAGGAAUUCAAGGGGAGUUGCAAAGAAUGGAUUGAUGAGCAUACUGGCAAAAAUUCACAGGUGAAUUUCUGGAAGGAUAUUGAAUGCAGGAUGACUGAUAUCACAUGUGAGCCUAUGAAAAGCACUACAGAUGGUAAGAUGACUGAAGGUAUCAAUAAAUAUUUAGAUGAAGAAAGAAUGAUAACACAAGAAAAUACUCACUCAAAUAUUUCAAACUUCUCACCUGUCUCCUACCUUGAUCUGUCAAAAAGGGUUGCAGAAAGAGGAUCUCAAUUAUUUGAGCCAUUUUAUUUGUUAGACACUGUGGAUUAUGGAAGACCUUUGUGGGAUGCACUAUUAACACCUAGCAGUACUGAAGGAUUCAAACCAGAAUGUAUUAUUGAAUUAGCCAUGGAUAAGCUUAUUGGUGGGAAGUCUUUCAUUCUUUGGAAAAAAGAAGCUCAAAACAGAAUUACUAUUAUGGAAACUUUGGCUAUCUUUGGACCUCAUUUAUGUAUUGACAUAGUGCCACAAUCUAGAUAUGCAUCUCAUUUAAUAGCAAGUUAUAUGCACCUUUGUCUUGAUAUCUCAGAAGAUCGUGAAUGCAUUAUUACAUCAAUGCCUACUGAACCUGUGCUGGCAGAAGCAGCUUCUCAGAUAAUGAAUGAUUCAAAUGUCAACCUCACAAAACUUAUUAAUCAGCUCUCAUCAGCACUCAAGAAAGGUGUAAUAGAGGCUGGUUACCAUGGAGAACUUGCUGCCAGAUUAUUGCUUCUUAAAGCUUGGGAUGAUUAUGAUGUUUAUAGAAGAAUAGAGAAUCACCUUGAAGAACAAGUAAAGUUUACAGGAACAAAGUUUGGUGAAGCAUACAUUAAGUUUACACACUUUAUCAAUAUUACAUAUACACCAGAUAGGAAAAGUCUCAGCGCUCUUCAUGAAAAGCUUAGCAAAGAUCAUAUUUCAUAUGUACUAAUACAAGUUAAAAAUUGGUCUACAGAUAAUAAUAAAGGUGAUGAUUAUCCGCUCUCUGCAACAGCUUCACCGCCACCAGCAUAUAUAGGCAUUGAGGAACUUCCACAUAUGCCAUUUUUGUCAUUGUAUUUGCAAUUAGGUGCAACAAAAGAGUUUAUUGAUGUUCCAACAGAAUUUUUUAAAUCACCUCAAACAUGUCAAAUUGCUUUGUGCAAGCAUAAAAUUGAAGAAGUUUUGAAAGAUUAUCAAACAGAUGAUGAUAAAACAAGCGAAAUUUUAUUAAGAACAUUCCAUGAACAUUUUCAGAAGCCACUUGCAUUAUUUGGAUUAUCUUCAAAUAUCUAUAGUUGCUUGAAACAGUUUACAUCAAACCCCACAACCUCAUCAUUAGAUCUCACAAAUAGCUUUAAGCAAUUAUUGACUGCUUGGGUUGAUCCCACACUGGGAGAAUGUCCAGAAAAAAUGAAGAUAGUUAAACAUAUGGAACCAUGGUGGAUUUUUGCAAUAGUAACUGAAGUUUCACUACCAUCUGUUGGCAAUAGUCCCAAGACAAAAGGUGGAACUUGUGGUAGAGUAACUUGCAAAUUCACCUUGGAGAAGCGAUUGGAUGUUGAAACCAAAAAUGUCAUCUGUAAUGGUUAUCAUGCCAACGAUUGCUCAUGUUUAACCUAUGUAAAAUUUGAUUUUUGUGCAAUAUACUAG